CUAUUCUUCAAUUCCAUUUCUGUUUAUGAUUCCCUUUUUUCCACUCAAAAUCUGCAGGAUUCGCCUCAAUAUACUUUUUUAUUUUACUUUAUUUCUUUUUUGUUAAUUUAUUAAUUAAUUCCAUGCCGAAAACUCUAGUUCAUUCCUCAAUCGUGGAUCCCAACUCAAACCGGUUGAUCAAUGUUAGGGUUUAGCUGGUGGACCUCCCGCUAUUGCAUUCUUUUGACUCUUUUUCUCUGGGUGAUUAGCUAGUUAUUAUUGUGUGAAAAUGUGAUUUUAUUCCUCCCUGUUACUUCUAAACGACAUGUUUACUCUGAAUUGUUGUUAAGUGCAAGUGCAGAGAGAUUGAAUUAGCUCAUCAAAAUCGAGAGGUUCAAGGCUCUAACCAUUUCUUACUAUAGGGGACGAAAAGGAAUCAUUCUAGAGUCUGUUAGUCAAGGAUCUCACCAUGCAAACAUCAUCGUAUAGUCAUCCUUUAAUCUGUUUCUCUUGCAGAAACAUCAGUGCAAAUGGGAAGAAUAAAUUUACGGUGAAAUUCUGUGCACCAUUUCCCUCUCAAUGGGAUCGGAAAUGUGAAUUCAGUGGGAGACCUCAAGUUUAUAAUUUUCCUGGCCCCAUAAAACCAAAAAGACUGUUUGUGCUUCAUAAUACAGAUGACAGCCAUCCAUCUGCUUCUACGGUAGCUGAUGAAAUGAACACAAAUCAUGCUCCAAAUGGCGCAUCACCAGCAUUUCUCAGCAACUGGUCACCUCCAAGGUACCUGUGGAGGGGGUUAUCAGUUUUAAUCCUAGCAGGGCAGGUGAUUGUCAAGACUCUAAAGGGAAAGAUUCAUUGGAGGAACACUCUUCAACAACUGGAGAGAGUUGGUCCAAGAUCAGUUGGGGUGUGUCUUUUAACUUCGGCUUUUGUGGGCAUGGCCUUCACAAUUCAAUUUGUAAGAGAGUUCACAAGGUUAGGAUUGAACAGGUCUGUAGGUGGGGUUUUAGCUCUGGCUUUCUCAAGGGAGUUGAGUCCUGUGGUUACAGCAAUUGUGGUUGCAGGGCGCAUUGGAAGUGCUUUUGCAGCAGAGUUAGGAACUAUGCAGGUUUCUGAGCAAACUGAUACAUUGAGAGUUCUUGGUUCAGACCCUGUCGAUUACCUGGUGACGCCAAGAGUGAUAGCCACUUGUAUUGCCCUACCUCUUUUGACCCUAUUGUGUUUUACAUUAGGGAUGGCAUCUAGUGCCAUUCUUGCUGAUGGUGUUUAUGGGGUGAGCAUCAACAUUAUCCUGGAUUCAGCUCAGCGGGCUCUCAGAUCAUGGGAUAUUAUUAGUGCAAUGAUCAAGUCACAGGUUUUUGGUGCUAUCAUAUCUAUUGUGAGUUGUGCGUGGGGAGUUACAACUUUGGGAGGUGCUAAAGGUGUCGGGGAAUCAACGACGUCAGCUGUGGUUAUUUCUCUAGUAGGCAUCUUCAUCGCUGAUUUUGCUCUUUCUUGUUGUUUCUUCCAAGGAGCAGGAGAUCAGCUAAAGAAUUGCAUUUAGGCAACUAAUGUUGUCUCUGCAAUUUGGUUUUGCUCUUUUGUACAAAGUGAAUGGUAUUACUUUUCUAUAAAAGGUGUGAUAAAAUUUUUAGAAUUUGAAUCAGGUGCAUUAGUCUUGUUCUUUUCUAGGUAAGUUAUGGUUUGCUAGUAUUAUUUUUAUAUAUCCUUUUUACAAUUGCGUGUCCUUCAAACAUGGUAAAGACGUGUGUAUUUCCUUUGAACGUGUAUUAUUUUAAUAAUUCUUGUAAGCUACAAUGAACUGAUAAAGAGGCCAUGAUGUUAUGAUCCAGCUGAUGUUUGGACAUCUAA